GAUUGUGAAUGUGGCGUCAUGCGGAGAUUGUGCGCAUGUUUAGGAAGUAGAAGUUUGUCGUGUGUAGUUUUGGAGUUUGUAUUUAGGUUUUGCUUGCAAUGGCUUCUUUCACUUGCAUUGCUUGCCAUGUGGCUUUUGCGGAUGCUGACCUUCAACGUGCCCACUACAAAACAGAUUGGCACCGGUACAACUUGAAAAGGAAAGUGGCGGAGAUGCCACCAGUUACAGCUGAGAACUUCCAGGAACGUGUAUUGGCACAAAAAGCAGCUAUUGAUAAUGAAGACACAACCACCUAUUGCACAACCUGUGGGAAGAAAUUUUUAACUCCCAAUGCUUAUGAAAAUCACAUAAAAUCCAAAAAGCACCAGGACGAAGAGAAGAAGUUGCAGCAGGUUGCAAAUAAGGAGUUGGAACGUAUGAAUGAAAAAAACUUGGAAAAGGGUUUGGGAGAAGACAGAGCUGACAAGGAUGCUAGGAACACAGCCAUCCAGCAGGUAGUCAAAGCCCAGCUAUCUCCUUCAUUAAAGAAGAAAGCAAGUGGAUCAGCUGGUGGGACUGUUCUUUCUCAAAAUGCAAGAACUAACCAACAGUGUGUACAGCAGCAGCCAAAACGGAGACCAGAGAAAGCUCCACGGCUUGAGUGGUUUGAACACCAAGCAAAUAAACUUUCAGAAGAGCUAGAACCAGAGGAGGAAGAUGAGGAGUUUGAUGAAGACAUGGAAGAAUGUGAUGAUGAAUGGGAAGACAUUUCUGAAGAAGAUGCAUCUGAUCAAGAGGAAGUACCUAAAGACACUGGAAGUGCUGCAAGGCCACGUCCAGAGAAGCCAGCAGAAGAUGCUCCACCUGGUGCCAUAGCUGUCACUGACUGCUUGUUCUGUUCUCACCAUUCUCAUUCUUUGAUGAAGAGUGUUACCCACAUGACCAAAGAGCACAGCUUUUUUAUCCCAGAUAUUGAAUAUCUGGUGAACUUGAAAGGACUUCUUGCAUACUUGGGAGAGAAAGUUGGUGUUGGAAAUGUCUGUCUGUGGUGCAAUGAAAAGGGAAAAUCAUUCUACUCUACUGAAGCUGUCCAGGCUCACAUGAUUGACAAGAGUCAUUGCAAACUCUUCACAGAUGGAGAUGCAGCUCUGGAAUUUGCUGAUUUCUAUGACUUCAGGAGCAGCUACCCUGAUUUUCCAGAUGAAGGUGAUGAUGUAGACAUGAAGGAUGCAGAUGUAAAGGAUGGGAAGGAAUUUGAUUAUGAUGAAGAAACCAUGGAACUUGUUCUUCCUUCAGGUGCUAGAGUUGGCCAUCGCUCUCUGAUGAGGUAUUACAAACAGCGGUUUGGUUUGUCGAGAGCAAUUGCAGUUUCCAGAAAUCAGCGUGCUGUUGGCAGACUUUUGCAGCAAUAUAAGGCCCUGGGUUGGUCAAGUGAAAUGGCAAGAGAAGCAUCAUACCAAAGGGAGCGUGAUAUGCAAUAUGUACAAAGGAUGAAGUCUAAAUGGAUAUUGAGGACUGGAUUGAAAAAUAAUGCAACAAAACAGAUGCAUUUUAGGGGACAAGUUCGAUUCUAGACUUCCAUGUCUCUAGAUCAAGAGAUGCACAGAGACUUUACACCUUCAGUCUUUUACUACGGUUGUAUAGGCCACUGUCAGGAACGUGGCUAAAUAAAAGCUGUUGUUUUCUUUGCAGACUUUACAUUGCAAAUGGAUUUCCUGUUAUAGAUAAUAUAGUUCAGAGAUGGUUAAAAUUGCUACAUGUUGAUUUUCUUUGGGGAGGGUGUGGAUAAGAACUAUUCCAUUCAGUGUUGACAGUUGUGUAAUGUGUUGAAGGCAUCUGAUAAGAGUGGAAACCAAACAUUUUAAAGUAUCAUCAUUGUAUUAUGUCAUGGAUUAUGUGUUACAAGUCAAGGUAGUGUCUCACUUGGUAGUGAUGAUAUCCCAAGCUGUCUCCCUCAGCACCCAACGCACACUACAUCUAUUAAGUACAUAUCGCUGUCAUUUUUCCGUGGAAACUGUUGCUCCUUAAUUUUGAGCAUUUUUUAUUCCACAAGCUUAAUUUAGCACACUGUUUCCAGUGUACUUCAUCAGAUGUUGAUAGCAACUAAAAAUUAUGGUAAUAGUUCUGUGUAGAAUUCUAGGCAAUUGUUUAUAUAAGUCACACUAUUUAUCUGUGCUCAUUUGUUGGCUGGGAAUGGACAGUGUUGAAAAGAUUGUAGUAUCAUAGCAACAAAUACGUAAAAAAUUAAAGCUGGCAUUUUUUCAUACUGUACUUAACAUUUCAGAUUCUAUUAAAAUAUUUUUGUUGUAGAAA